UAAAGGAUUAAUGCAGGGGAGAGGCUGAUUCUUUUAACUGUAUUGUUCACACUUGGCGAAAAGAAACAAGCCACAUUAGCAAGAAGUUGUUUUGAUGGUACUUGCAUCUGCACAAUUGGUGUAUUUUCCCGAAUGCCAUAUUCCUUUUCUGCAGGAGGAGCCCAUUGAUAAGACCAGGCACUGGGGUGAUCUGGAGGAAGAGGAGGAGGAGGAGGAGGAAGAAGAAGAAGUAGAGGAGCAGAUUGAGGAGGAGGAGUUAGAGGAUGGCAUUCAAUCUGUAGAUAGUCUCUCAAGUACUCCUACUGGCAUUGAGACACCUGAUGUUAUUGAUCUUCGCAAGCAGCAAAGAAAGGAGCCUGAAAGGCCUCUUUAUCAAGUACUCGAGGAAAGAGAAGAGAGGAUUGCACCAGGGACUCUACUUGGAACAACACACACGUACGUGGUUAACACCGGUACGCAAGACAAAACAGGAGCUAAAAGAGUAAGUUGAGAAUGGAUAUGUACAUUUCUGAUAAGAUAGAGGAAUGAGUAUUUGCGUCUGUUUGUGUGAAUUUAUAGAUGGUUCAUGAAAAGGCUAAACAGAUCUGUAAUAGCAGAAAAUAGGACUAGUGAUCGAUUUGAAUAUGGAGCUGAAUUACUUUAGAUUUGUACUGGUUUUUGCUCAUGGAGAUCUUUUGUGGAUCUAUUGGAAGAUCCUACUAUUGUCCGUUAGAGAGAUGAGAUAAUCCCUAUUGAUAGCUUAUAUGGUUAAAAUGAUGGUUGUCCUCCAAAAAUUAGACAUGUAUUGCUAUGCCUGUGACAAUGAUGUUAAUCCAUAAAAUUAGAUUCUACUGAACCAUGGGCCACUCCUAGAGUUUUUCAAUGGACUGAUUCCAUCAUUAGCAAAAAGUGACUGAUUGGACUGUACAUGUUUCUGAGAGUGUUGAUUGCUCUGGGCAGCAGUAGC